GACAAAGGCAGGCAGGAAGCCCUUCGGCUUGGCAAUGCGUGCGAGCGGAGAGAGCGCAAAUGCAGACUGAAACCCCACUCCUUUUCUGAUAACGGAGAGGAAGAGAGACAGAGAGAAGAAGCAGACUGGAAUUCCAACCCUCCUUGUAUUUAUGGUAGUUUAAAGGUCUCUUUUGAAAAUGUAUGACCGUUUGGAUCCUCGGCGCGAGCCUAGACGUGUUUCUAAAGGCAUCGUAGGUUGCGUCGUCUGACCGAGGAGGGCUCGGGCGCUUUCCGUUCCUAUCCUUCGCUUCCCCCCUCUUGGUGAGGGGCUAUAUUGGAACAAGGUUUUGGGGCUUUUGCAUUUGAAUUCUACUGCGCAACCAGACGGAUCACGUGGGAUGUGGAGUUGAUCGAUUUGCGCCGUUAAAUGUGAAAAGAGGAACGGGGAAAGGUUUGUUAAAAAGCAUAUCCGCUUUCUUCCGGAUUACAGGGGACUCUACUUUUACGGAGGAAAAUACGUCGGUGGGCUCGGGGACCCGGAGUGAUUUUUAUGCCUGUUUAAAAUGGAGACGCACAUAUCGUGCCUCUUUCCGGAAAUUUUAGCCAUGAUUUUCAGCUACUUGGAUGUAAGGGACAAAGGCAGGGUGGCCCAAGUGUGUGCUGCUUGGAGGGACGCUUCCUACCACAAGUCUGUGUGGAGGGGGGUGGAAGCCAAACUGCAUCUGCGGCGGGCCAAUCCUUCUCUCUUCCCCAGCCUACAGGCCCGCGGAAUCCGGAGAGUACAGAUUCUCAGUCUGCGGCGGAGCCUCAGCUACGUGAUCCAGGGGAUGCCAAACAUCGAGAGCCUGAACCUGAGUGGCUGCUAUAACUUAACGGAUAACGGCCUGGGGCACGCGUUUGUCCAGGAGAUCCCUUCCCUUCGGGUUCUAAACCUUAGUCUGUGUAAGCAGAUCACGGACUCCAGCCUGGGCCGGAUCGCCCAGUAUCUGAAGAACCUGGAGGUUCUGGAACUGGGCGGGUGUAGUAACAUCACCAACACGGGGCUGUUGCUCAUAGCGUGGGGUUUACACCGGCUCAAGAGCCUCAAUCUCCGCAGCUGCCGGCAUGUGUCUGACGUGGGCAUCGGGCACCUGGCGGGCAUGACCCGCAGCGCAGCGGAGGGCUGUCUCAACCUGGAAUACCUGACGCUGCAGGACUGUCAGAAACUUACGGAUCUGUCCCUCAAGCACAUCUCGAAGGGCCUGGCUAAGCUCAAAGUUCUUAACCUGAGUUUCUGUGGCGGGAUCUCUGACGCAGGUAUGAUCCACCUCUCCCACAUGACCAGCCUCUGGAGCCUUAACCUGCGCUCGUGCGACAACAUCAGUGACACGGGCAUCAUGCACCUGGCCAUGGGCACGCUGCGGCUCUCCGGGCUAGACAUGUCCUUCUGUGACAAGAUAGGGGACCAGAGUCUGGCUUACAUCGCCCAGGGCCUGUACCAGCUCAAAUCCCUGUCCCUGUGCUCGUGCCACAUUAGUGACGAUGGCAUCAACAGGAUGGUGCGCCAGAUGCAUGAGCUGAGAACCCUGAACAUUGGACAGUGUGUGCGGAUUACAGACAAAGGACUGGAGCUCAUUGCCGACCACUUGACUCAGUUGACGGGGAUCGAUCUGUAUGGAUGUACUAAAAUCACGAAACGGGGACUGGAAAGGAUAACGCAGCUCCCAUGCCUUAAAGUUUUGAAUCUGGGACUUUGGCAGAUGACAGAGAGUGAAAAAGUGAGGUGAAACUAACUUGGCGAGGAUUAGUUGGGGAGGGACACACACACAGAGAGGAGAAGGGGUAACGGAGCAGGAGACCAGUGGGCGGGGAAAUGUUCCUUCUAAAAAAUAUAUAUAUAUCCUCUGCUCUCAAUCUCGUCGUAGUUGGAUAUUUUCUCAUUCAAUGUAACUUAAUGCUACAAAACUGUGAUUAAAAAAUAUGUUGCGCAAUUUUAGGCCAAAUGAAAACAAGAUUAAUCUUCAUCAAAUGCAUGUUUUCGUUAUUAACAACACAAUAUCCCGCCCCCGCAUUAUGAAGACAAACUACUGUUUAUUAUUCCUAAAGAGUCGCAAUAUUUAACUUCAAACUCUCCAACUAUCGCGCCUAAUACAUUUGGCUACCUCGUUUAUCAAUGUGUUGUAAUAAAUCCGUGUAUUCUUUAAAAAGAAAGAGAGGAGAUAAAUUGUGCCUAUAGACAGUAGUAGUCCCCUCCCCCAACGCGUCUCGCGCUUGGAGAAUCCUAGCAGCAAAAAGAAACGCUCUCUAACUAUCUUUGUGUUCUUUUGCCCAGAAACGCUUUACAAUGAAGAAGAGAAACGAACACAUUUUCGUUUAAAAGGACUGUUCACACUCAGACAAAAAUAGGGACAUUAUGCAAAUUAAAACGGACUGGUCUGUAUCCAAAAUCAUUUUAUUUUUGUUUUGUUUACUUUUUAGCCCAACUUAAAGGCCUUGUAGCCUUGGAUUCAAGCUUUGAAUAAUGGGACCCUUCCUUCCCUAUAUUAUUUUGGUGUGUUUAUGCUUAUGGAAGCAGAUAUUGGCGAAUUAUUGCUGUUAUUCAGAGCGUUGUACUUCAAAUUGAAGUGAUUUCUAUAAUAGAAAUGAUGCCCCUUUUUCUCAAUCAGGUGUUUUCCAACUAAUCCUCCAUAUCCUCUAGAAUAUGGGUUGCUACCUUUUUAAACACAAUCAUACGCACUAGUCCACAAUAACAACAGAAGAGAAACUCCUUUGGAAUAGAAUCUAAAUACACGCUUUAGAAUUAAGAAGCAAUCGAUCCUUAUUUUCUCGGCUUCCAUGUGAAUGCGUGUCAGGCCUACAUGGAACCUAUGGGAUCGUAACAUGACGUUAUGAGCGAACUGAACUGCAACAUGUAUUGAGUCCUGCUGAGAGACUACUGUGUUUUAAUGUACUGUAUAUGUGUUUGUAAAAAAAAACAGAAUCCAAAAUGAAAUUGUUUUAUAUUCUUACAGUAAACAUUAAAGUUGAUAUUUAUAUAAUAAAUGAAAAGGUAAUGUGG